AUGAGUGAUAUUGAGAAUCUUCAAGCACUCAUCCAAGCAACAUUAAAUGCAGCUACUGUUGAACAGUCAACCGAGCAGUUAGGUCCUAUCUUAAAUGAUCCAACUUCUGCUGAUUUAUUUUUCAAAUUAUACCUUCUCACAUCUGAUAAUCGCAUAAGGCAUGGUUCAAUCGUUUACGCUUAUAAAGUUGUUUUCAAAUUCUGGAAAGCAUACGACGAACAAUCAAAAGAAGAUAUCAAAAAUUACAUUAUGCAAAUUCUCGCUAAUGAAGUAUAUCCAUACGAUGUUGAAUCAGUUGCACAGCUUGUCGAAAUAGUUUAUACGCAAAGCGAAGGAAAAUGGCCAGAAUUAGUUUCAUAUCUCUUAGAAAACGCUUUAUCAAAGCCAUUAAUCUCGAGUGCAUGCUUUGUUAAGAUCGCAUUAUCUCUUCACAGUGGAUUUUUCGAAGAAGCAUACGAACAUUUACUAAAUUUAAUCAUGAAUUACUUACAUUCAGAUAAAAUUACAAUUAAGUUAGGCGGUCUUGCUCUUUUCGGCUUCUUCCUUGCACAAAUCGACGAAGACGAAGAAGAUGCCGCAGAAACAACAGAUUUAAUCACAGAUUCUCAAGAACCAUAUCAAAUCAUCAACAGCAUGGAGCAAGAAUCACUGAACUACCAACCACAAGACUUUUCACAGCUCUGGUCUCUUGUUGGUGACAUUGCAGGCUCUCAAAAAUGCAAACCAGAUUAUUUAUCAACAUUGAUGCAGACAGGAUUCGGAUUUGCCAGCAAUUCCGACGUCUCAGCCCAAAAGAGGAACAUUAUCCUCACAGCGAUCUCAAAUGGCCUUCACGUUUUAUCUCAAGAAGAAAUCGGCCAAAUUUUAACCGUCGCGAUUGACAUUGCCGCGAAUACGAUCAUAGAAGAACAACUUCUACCUGUUGACCAACUUUCCCUCUUCGAAACAAUCCUUGAUUCCCAAAGCCACUCAGAAACUUAUCCAAUGUUGGUCGGCCAAUUAUUGAAUGCUUUACAAUCCGAUUCAAUUGAGCAUCAAGCGGCAGCCAUGUUAGUUUUAAGGGCAAUUAUUACUACUACACCUGAAUUUGCUCUUAAAGAUUCCCAGUUAAUUGUAGAUUGUUUGAAAGAAGCGUUGGAUAAAAACGAGUUUCCAAUUAUUCAACAUUCUGCACUAUUAGUUUUGGAGACAUUCGACCAAACGUUUGCCUCCAUGAAUGUAUACAUUCCUAGCUUACUUCCCAAGAUUGUUCCUCUCUUGAUUUCCCAGACAAAUGAAGUAAAAAGUGCUGCUUACAAAGCAAUUUUAGUUUUGGUCGAAAGAAUCGAUUGUAAAAUGCCGGAAUUGUUCCAAAUGGCUGUCGAACUCUACGAGAAUGUCACAGAAGAUGAUAUAACGAACUAUUUCACAUUGGUUGCUUAUUCCAUCGACCUUUCAGAAGAUUUUCCUGAUGAAGAAACCGAAAAAUUGUUGAAUUUGCUCAAAGAAAUUUCUCAAUCAGAAAACGUGACAACUAUUUCAAGUUCUACAUUGAUUAUGACUGCUUUGAUAAAGAAAGAUGGUGAAUUAAUAGAAGACAUAUGGCCUAUUAUUGCUGAUAACAUACAGCCUUGUUUGGAAUAUGAAUCUCCUGAUGUCAUUUCUUUGAUGAUUGAAUUUUUAAUUUCUAUCGUCGAAAUUUUCAAAGGCGAAGAAAUGAAUUACGUUGUUAAUUACUUGGAUUACAUAUUCAACCUGAUAAACAACAACGAGAUGGAUCAUAGAGUUAGAUCCACUGCUUUGGAGUUCAUUUGCGACGUUGUUCAUUACAGUCAAAGUGAAGAAAUCACAAAUAAAUUUGGCCAACAAACUAUUGAAAUUUUGAUGAAUUUCUUGAAAGAAAAGAACGAUUUCCAAAUCGAAAGUGUUGAAGGAUUCAGAAGAUUGGCAAGAGAUCUUGACGAAAACACAAGAAAAGAAGCUUUCGAUCAUUUACUUGAAAUAGUAAAUCAAGAUGUAACAACUAAUUUUGUUACAAAAUCUUUGUUCUGUUUGAGUAAGUUGAUCUCGAAAUCUAAUGGUGAUGAACACAUGGUAAACGAAGGAAUGAAUUUAUUGAAUAAUAUAAUUAAUGGAAAUAUAGAACUUCUCGGACAAAUUCCUUUAAUCGAAACAGAUACAACAAUUGGUUUGUUCCCUUCUGUUUGCCAAUUAAUUGCAAGUUUAGUUUCAAAUAGAGCUCCAAUUUCAGAUGAAAUUACUGUCUUCUUGUUAGAAUGGAUGAAAAGAGAUAGUGAAAUAGAUAAAUGCAAGGCAAUCGGCGCUUUGAGUGAUAUUGUUUUGAACAAUGAAUUAAAUAAUGAAUUAAAAGAACAAAUCAUUCAAAAUGUUUCAAAUGAAAUGGAAGAAAGCGAAGAUCCAGCAAUGCAAGAAAACAUUGUCCAUAUAUUCAAUGUUUUCAUCACACAGAACCAAGAAGUUGCUAAUCUUGUUUACCAAACAAUCGAGAAACUAAAGAAAUGGUGGGAUGUUGCUCUUCAAAACAAGAGUGGAUAUAAUGACUUGAUAAUGAACUUGUCUGGUUUGUUCUUAGUUCUUGGAAUAUUAAUUCCUGAAUUCCCAGAUAAUGUUCUCAUAUCAGUCAUCGAACAAUUCCCUCAUGAAGAUGAAGAACUAACUGCUGCCAUGUGUGGAAAUAUUGGUGUUUUGUUGGAUUACAGACAAAAUAUUUCUGCUAGUUUGUUGAGAGCUUUGGCUUUAGGUUUUGGAAGAUUGUUUAGCUAUGAUAAUAAACACCUCCAGAAUAUGGGAGUUGUUGGUGAAUUGUAUGACACAAUGAUUCAAGUGUUCAGACAUAUUUUGAGCUUAGAUCCUCAGGCUGUUCCUAUAAUUAGACAAAUGUGCAGCUCAACUAAGACAAAACUUAAUAGAAUUAAUAAGAUUAUGCAGUAA